AUGCCAGGUGUACCUACACCCGAAACACAAGACUUGGAAGAGCGAUUUCAGUCGUCUUGCUGCUACUGCUCCUUCUGCUACUGCCGCUGCUAUCUUCGCUAUUCUAUCCUGCAGGAUCCUGCUGUUUGCAAUCGUCUUGCUGCUCGUGAUGCUGCUGCUGCUCACCUCUGCGUCCUCCUGCUGCUGAAGACUGUUUUGCUGCCUUCUCCUCCUCCUCCUGCUACUGCUGCGCUUCUGCUGCUGCUGCUGCUGCGCUUCUGCUGCUGCUGUUGCGCUUCUGCUGCUGCGGUCUGCUGCGGUUCUGCCUGCUGCUGUUGCGCUUCUCCUGCUGCUGCUGCACUUCUGCUGCUGGUGCUUGCUGCACUUCUGCAGCUGCAGCACUUAUUCUUCGCUGUUCAUUUCUGCGGUCUCCUGCUGUGUAGAAAUGUCUUGCAGCUACGGCUACUGCUGCUGCUGCAGAAAUUAUCUUUGCUGCAAGACUUAUCUUUGGUAUUCAUCUCUGCGGUUUCUUGCUAA